AAAUCUUAUUUUUCUUUGGCGGUUUUGAACCGGCUCAAGAACAUCAACACAGAUUGUCAGAAUAGGCUUUGCCACAUGAAAAGGGCAAAUAGAUAAAGAUGAACAUGGACAUUGAAUCAGAUAAUUUCAGUGACCUGCAACAGCAGGCGGAACAGUUGACAGCAGAGAUGGAAAGUGGCACAGAUUUACCUAGAGUCACACGUAACUUAGCUCAGAUCUUAGAAGCUGGGGAAAGAUUGUUGUCAAAAGUUGCUCCUAUCAGUCAAGACUCGUCUGAUGUGAAAGCAUCAAUACUACUUGGAACUAAAGGCUUUGAUGUCCCAAAGAUAUCCCAGAAAUUAGAGGGAUUGAGUGCUGCUAAGACAUUUGAACCUUUGGAACCUGUCAGAGAUACUGAUAUACAGAGUUUUCUGAAAAAUGAAAGAGAGAAUGCAUUAUUAGCUGUAAUAGAACAGACUAGAAAAAAUACAUUUGAUGAAGUGGAACGACGACAUUGGGAAUGUAUGGAGAAUGAAUGGGAAAGAGAGAAACAAAAGAUUUUAAAUUCCUUGAGAGGCCUUGGACAAGAUACAGUAGAUUUCCAACCAGAAUCUGAGAGCUUUUUAGCCGAGCCUGUCAGUAUACAAGGUCGCAGUAACCUUGACAACAUAGAAAUGGCAUAUGCCAGACAGGUUUAUGUUUACAAUGAGCACGUUGUUGCAGGCAGCAUCAGACCAAAUCUUGGAGAUAUGUUCCUAGAUGUAGCCAGGACAAUUGAUGAUAAGCAAGUAACAGAAUUGUGGGAGAUGGUCAAAUGUAUGGUAGAAGUUCCUCUUAUUUCUGCCAAAAGUAUCAAAGACACAAGACAAGACUACAGAACACAGUCAGCCUUUGUAGAUAAAGCCAGGGAAUACCUAGAACAAACAUAUGCUAAAUACAUUGAUAUAACAAUUAGCAGCAAUCUACAACAAGCUCAGAGGGGUGGAAUACCUGGUACUUAUAACAUCGUCAGAAGUUUUCUUAAUGUCAGACCUCCAAAUAUACCCAAUUUAGAGGAUGGUUUAGUAGAUGGGCAUCCUACAUGGGCUAUGGUUUAUUACUGUUUACGUUGUGGAGAUUUGCAGGCAGCACAACAAGUGGUUGAUAAAUGUGGGCAUAAUCUUGGAGAUUUUAAGUCUUUCAUGCAUGAGUAUGUUUCCAGUGAGGAUCACAGAUUAAGUUCAGGUAGUGAAACAAAAAUACAGUUACAGUACAGAAGAAUUGUAAAAAAUGGUACAGAUCCUUUUAAAAGAGCUGUCUAUUGUGUAAUAGGUCACUGUGAUCCAGAUGAGAAUCAUCCAGAAAUUGCCGAUAAAAUAGAUGAUUAUUUAUGGUUAAAACUACGACAAGUACAAACAGAUAAUGACGACCAACAUAAUCAAGAAAAUUUUACAUUAAAAAAAUUACAAUGUUUAUUGUAUGAAGAAUUUGGUGAAAAUUAUUUCAGUGGAUAUCAACAGCCAUUCUUGUAUUUUCAAGUGCUAAUAUUGACAGCUCAGUUUGAAGCUGCCAUAGAAUUUAUUUCACGUAUAGACAAGUUAUUAUGUCAUGCUGUUCAUGUGGCAUUAGUGUUGUAUGAAUCAAACAUGUUAUUACUUCCUCAAUCAAAUCAAGCACAGCUAUUAACAACAGAUACAUCAGAUGAUGGCUGUAUGAGGAGAUUGAAUUUUGCCAGAUUAAUAACAUUAUAUACCAGAAAAUUUGAAUCAACAGAUGCUAGAGAAGCUUUACAGUAUUUCUACUUCCUCAGGGACUUAAAGACAGCACAGGGAGAAAACUUCUUUAUGUCAUGUGUCAGUGAACUUGUAUUGGAUACCAGAGAGUUUGAGAUGCUGUUAGGAAAAAUAGAACGAGAUGGAACAAAAAGGCCUGGUGCAAUAGAUAAAUUCCAUGGAGAUACACAUAAAAUCAUAGACUUAGUUGCCAAGGAUACAGAAGCCAAAGGAUUAUUUGAAGAUGCAGUCAGAUUAUAUGACCUUGCUAAGAAACAUGACAAAGUGUUGGAAUUACUGAACAAGUUACUAAGUCAAGUUGUAUCACAGGCUAGUUCUACACAGUCAUCUAGAGAUAGGUUGAGAAGUCUAGCCUUUGGUAUUGCUGAGAGGUACAGAGCACAAGGAGCUGAAGGGAACUUAUCCAAUGCCAGUACAUUCUUCUUGUUACUUGACCUUUUGACCUUCUUUGAUUGUUUCCAUGACGGCAGUAUGGAUGAAGCUCUCACGGUGAUUAAACAGUUACAGUUACUUCCCUUGACUGAGAAUGCUGUAGAAACCAAAGUUAUGGCCUUCAGACAUUAUAAUGAUGAGGUGAGGAGAUGCUUACCAGAUAUUUUGUUAGCCACAAUGAACAUUCUACACAGUCAGUAUAAAAACGCCAAAACAACAACUUCACAGAGUCCGUAUUCUGGCUGGACUGGCCGAGGUGAAGAUGGUGGAAAGGAAACUUAUCUGAAUUAUAUAAGAGGUCAAGCUAAAGCACUGAUCAUGUUUGCAGGAAUGCUACCCUACAGACUCCCAGGAGAUACUAAUGCAAGACUUGUUCAGAUUGAGGUUUUGAUGAACUGAGGAGAAAAAUCUCAGAAUUACUGUUAUAUAUUGUAAAUUUAUGUAAAAAAAAAAAAUGAAAAAAAAUCAUUAAAAAUAAUUCAUUUA